CGCUUCCUUGCCAGACGGAUUUCAGAAGACAAAACAAAAGCUGUGCUGCUGUAGUCCUUGUAAAGAAUAUAUAUCUGCAUUUCAGGUUUGUACACUGAAAAUCACGCAAAUAACUAUUUUCAUGAAUCGGAAUAUUUUACAACAAGGUCGAUUAACUUUGUGUUGAGUUUGAAGUCCGUAAUUUCGAGUUAUUAACUUUUGAAAACUCCUUUGUUCCGCGCCAAACGGCAUAAGUGUUAAAUGGCAGUUGUCCCGUUCGCUUAGUAUAUUAUUGUGGAAACACACACAUUGUAGCAGUGGCGGCUCGCCUAUAGAAGGCGCUGGGGCGCCGUCCUCCCGCCGACCUACCUCCCUGUUAUCUUUCUUUUUUUAGAUAUAGAUAUUUUUUAUAAUCUUUCUUAUUUUGAGAAAUUUAUGUUAAUUGCAUUCGAAUAAUGCAUUUACUUUAGAAUAGCUUUAUAACAUCGUCCACUGCAUGUUACUGCACAUUUACCUCAGAGAUGAGCAACAUGGCGACUUCGAGUACUGCUACCACUGUCUCCCUGGGAGUUCAGCUAGCCCCAAAUUCAGUUAAGUCUUUACUUAUGAAUCCCUUCGAAGGAAGAACAUUUGCAGAAAAACUGCAAGUAAAAGAACUCGGACCAGACAAGCCAGAAGUGAACAUAACCCAACAAUCAAGAGAAAAGGAUAGAGCCUACAAGAGAAGUUUUUCCAGAGGUUGGUUCGAUCGAAAGUCUUGGCUAACUAGCUGUGGGUAUGCCAAUGCAAUUUUUUGCUUUCCUUGUAUACUUUUUAAAACAACUACGUGUGAUAGUUCGUGGACACAGACAGGGGUGACAGACCUGAAACAUCUGUCAGAACGGAUAAAAAAACACGAGCGAUCAAGAGUGCAUAUGAACACCUGUGUGAAGCUAGCCAUGCUAGGCCGAAUUAGCAUAGCCGCACAGCUAGAUGAGGGGCACCGCAUUGCUGUAAGAAGGCACAAUGAGGAGGUGGACAGGAAUCGUCAUAUUUUGUCAAAGAUCAUCGAUGCUGUGAAAUUUUGUGGUGCCUUUGAACUUGCUCUGCGUGGUCACGAUCAGAGUGACGCAUCAGAAAAUCCAGGCAUUUUCCGAGGUCUAAUUGAUCUCAUGGCCUCCAUUGACCAUGAGUUGGAGGUGCACCUGGAAAACGCCACAGUUUUUAAAGGCACUUCGAAGACCGUGCAAAAUGAACUGUUGGACUGCAUGUUGUCUGUUCUCAGAGACUGCGUUUUGGAAGAGGUGAAACAAGCAGACUACAUUGCCAUUCAGGCAGACGAGACAACCGAUGUCUGCACUCAUUGCCAGCUUGUGUUUGUGAUAAGGUACAUAGAUGGCAAGAAUAACAUCAAAGAACGCUUCUUUGAGUUCAUUGCGCUUCCAAAUUCGACUGCUGAGACGAUUGCCGCUGCGCUUUUGGAAAGGCUGAGCACCAUCCUUCCCGCAGGACAAGAGAGAAAACUAAUUGCCCAGGCCUAUGAUGGUGCCGCAGUGAUGAGGGGUGCUACAGGUGGAGUGCAACGUGAAGUUCAAGAUGUCUACGGGAGUGCCUACUACGUUCACUCUUAUGCGCAUCAGUUGAACCUCAUCAUGCAGCAGGCAACAUCCCAUAUUACGAAGGUCGGCCAGUUUUUUUCAGACAUUGGGGGGUUUUCUUCUUUUUUCCACAAGUCAUUCAAACGAACGGCAGUGCUUGAUGAAGUGGUGGGUCGACUCCCAGGUGCUUCACCAACGCGAUGGAACUUCCACGGUCGUGCUGUUAACACAGUUUACGACCACAAAGAUGAACUGGUUGAGUGCUUCCAAACCAUUCGAGACAGAGGAGACUUUGAUGCCAUAUCGAAGAGAGAGGCCGGGGGUUUAUUGAGAAUGUUGGAAGACGAGGCUUUCUGUUUUUUCCUGGCAUUAUUUCACAAAAUCAUGCCACAUGUAGACAAGCUGUUUAACCAGCUGCAGAAGAGGAACAUAGACACUGUCUUCAUCGCCGGGAUCACCCAGAAGUUCACUCAAAGCAUACAAGCCAUCAGGGACACUGUUCCUUACCAGGUUAAGGAAGAGUACUAUGAGGGACCUAUACAGGGACCACCCCCGACGAAACGGAGGGCAAUGGGAGAAGAAACACAACAGCACCUGGCAUUAGAGAUCUGUGACACCAUUAUAUGCCAUGCCAAGGAGAGGUUUUCUUUCACAAAGCAUCUCAUCAGUGCUACUCUGUUGCAAGGUGACUUGUUCCCACAACACAGCAGAAAGUUCCCAGAUUCAGCACUGGAAACCACGGUGGAUGCCUAUCCCAUGUUGGACAAAGCCAGACUUAAAACCGAACUGUCCCUGAUCUACGAGCAUGAGGACUUCAAGGGCUGCAGUGGAGCACUGGCUCUAUUUCAGGUUCUAAUGGGAAAUAACCUGCAAGACACAUUCAGCGAAACUGUUAGUCUUCUCAAGAUCCUCAUCACCACACCAAUGUCAACAGCAGAAUCAGAGAGAUGCUUCUCCACCUUAAAGAGGAUAAAGACUUUCCUUAAGAACACUAUGGCACAAGAUCGCUUCAAUGCUCUGGCUAUGCUAUCUAUAGAGAAAAAACUCACUCGGGACAUUCCAGAUUUCAAUAAAAGGGUUAUUGAGAAAUUUGCCACUCAGAAAGACAGACGAGCAAAGUUCCUAUACAAGUAAGAGUUUUCCAAGUGUUCUCUUAACACACACACACACACACACACACACACACACACACACACACACACACACACACACACACACACCUCCUUCCCGUGAGGUGGACACUGGUUGCAGACCCUCACAACCUCUCCCCACCCCUUUCAAGUGUACAUACUGUAUAUAGUUCUCUGCAAACCUGUGGUGGCAUCAGGCCUUCAGUGUGCAUAUUGUACUGUAUGUAGUCCUUUGCAAUCCUUUGUUUGUAUCAUGCCUUAAGUGUGUCUUGAACAACCACUCACAAAAGCUUGCACAUUUCCAUGAAUUUUGUUGAAUUCAUAUUUCAUUGUAUUUGUCUAAAAUGCAUACUAAUGUAGAUAUAUUUAUGGGUGAACACACACACACACACACACACACACACACACACACACACACACACACGGUUACAUUCUGAGUGUGUAAUUCACUGUUUUUGUUGAUGUAUUUGCAUUCUUAAUGUUGCUGAAUUCUACAAGGCAAAUAAAUUAACUUAAAUCUUA